UUAUUCAAUAUUCUCUUCUUUUUCAAAAGGUGUUUCAUCAACAUGGAACCACAGAAUCUAACAGGUGUCUCAGAAUUCCUCCUCCUGGGCCUCUCAGAUGAUCCAGAACUUCAGCUCCUCCUCUUUGGGCUCUUCCUGUCCAUGUACCUGGUCACCAUCCUUGGGAACCUGCUCAUCAUCCUGGCUGUCAGCUCUGAUUCCCACCUCCACAUCCCCAUGUACUUCUUCCUUUCUAACCUAUCAUUGACUGAUGUCAGUUUCAGCACCACCACCAUCCCUAAGAUGCUAGCGAAUCUCCAGACACACAGCAAAUCCAUCACCUAUGUAGGGUGCCUAGCUCAGGUGACCUUCUUUUCUCUUUUUGUAUGUUUGGAGAGUCUACUUCUGACAGUGAUGGCCUAUGACCGGUUGGUGGCCAUUUGUCAUCCCCUACACUACCUGGUCAUCAUGAACCCCCUCCUCUGUGGCUUGUUGGUCCUGGUGUCAUUUUCCAUCAGCCUUUUGACCUCCCUGCUGCACUAUUUGGUGAUGUCACAGCUUACCUUCUGUGCAGAAGUGGAAAUCCCCCAUUUCUUUUGUGACCUUUCUCAACUCCUCAACCUUGCCUGUUCUGACACCUCCACCAAUAACAUAUUAAUCUACUUCAUUGGUACAAUCUUUGGUGGAAUUCCACUGUCAGGGAUCCUUUACUCAUAUACUCAAAUUAUGUCCUCCAUUCUGAGAAUCUCAUCAUUAGGUGGGAGGUAUAAAGCCUUCUCCACCUGUGGCUCUCACCUGGUAGUUGUUUGCUUAUUUUAUGGAACAGGCCUUGGUGUGUAUCUCAGCUCAGCCUCCUCGUCUUCCCCCAGGAAGGGCGCAGUGGCCUCAGUGAUGUACACUCUGGUCACCCCUAUGCUGAACCCCUUCAUCUACAGCUUAAGGAACAAGGACGUCAAGAGUGCCCUCUGGAGGAUUAUCAGCAGAAUAGCCUAA